UGGGCUAAAAGGGCUAAAAGAAAGCCCUUCCAAAGUGCAAGAUUACAGAAAAGGUUCAGGCCCAAAUAGGCCGAAGAGGUUUCCCGCAUAAGAAGAAAUUAGAUUUUGUCUCGAUCUCAAACCACGUGUCAACGAUCGGAGAAAAACAAUAAACGUGUCAGAUAAGUAGUCUAAAACGAACCGACUUCCUUCUUAGCCCUCCGAGCACCGAUUCCGGUGAAAGAACCACCGUUGAUAAUACUACCAAACAAAGAUUCUUAGAAAACCUAAUUCGAUGAUGAACUACAUAGUUCCCGAUCUAGUUGAAGAAAUCUUGCUUCGACUGCCACUUCAAUCCGUCCUCAAAUUCAAAGCUGUCUCAAAACAAUGGAAAUCAAUACUGGAGUCGAGGAUGUAUGCUGAGAGGCGUAUCAAUGUUGGAAAAAACAACCGCCGGAAAAUCCUAGCGGCCGGAGACCACCGGAGCAAGUGGCGGUUCCAAGGGGACACAGAGAUUGAGAUGUUCUAUUUACACUUCGAUGACGUCGCCACACGACCCUCGCUCACAUGUGACGGUUUGAUUUGCAUCCCCGUACCUGGUUGGGUCAACGUUUUUAACCCUUCCACCGGACAACUCCUUAGAUUCCCUUCCGGCCCAGAUCCAGUCAGACCCCGCCCCUCUUUUUGCCCAGGCCCAGAGUUUUGGUGGAUUAAUUUCCCUGGAGAUUGGGCGAUGGGAUUCGGUCGACACAAAGUUAGUGGGAGCUAUAAAGUAGUGAGGAUGUUCUUCUACACUAACCAAUUCGAUAUUCUCGAUGUUAACAUUGGGGAAUGGCGGAAACUGCGCAGGCCACCUCCUUUCGCUGUUGAAUCAAAGAGGAAGUCGGCCUGUGUUAAUGGAUCUAUAUAUUGGUUACAAGUAAGUGGUCAAAUGUUCGCCGUAUUAGGUUUGGAUCUUCACACUGAAGAGUUUCGUAAGAUCCCACCUCCACGUUUAGGAAGCUGGUCAGACCAGCUUGUCAACCUUGAUGACCGUCUAGCCUUUGUCAAAACCCGUCUAAAACCUUAUCCUUAUAGGAGAAUUGAGAUAUGUAUUCUUGAUGCACAAGAAAAAACAUGGACUAAGACCUACAACAUCUUUUUACGCUCUACAGAUCUUUUUCCUCAAAAGCCGCAAGCCUUGUGGUUCAGGGCGUUGACCCAUUCUUCUAACCAAGGACAUCUUUUCUUCCAUGACAAUUGCAAGAGGUUAUUCAAAUAUUGUCCUGAGACAGAUGAAGUACGGCUCAUCCAGAGAGGCAUCUCUGUUCUAUCUCCUUUCGUUGAAAAUUUGCUCUUAUUUCGACGACGACCGGAAGCAACCACAUCCGAAAGUACAUCCGAAUACCAACCUAAACCUAGUGUUCACGUGCCAAGCUCUUCCGUAUUCAAUACUUUUAAGAUCCCAAAUAUGUUUGUUACCACUGCUCUUGUGUCUCUUGUGAUUUUUCGCUACUUUUGUGUUUCAUCUAGAUCUGGUUGAUAUUAUGACUAUUUAUCUUUUAGAACACUUGUUUUCCUCUUUCUAUUAACAUUUCAAUUGAU